CUGCCAAAUCAGCUGGUCGUAACCAAACCAGCCGGCGAAUUGUUAUGUUAGUUUAUUUAAUAAAAUCAUAAAUUUAUAAGCUAAAUGCUUAUUUUAAAAUGUUAUUUAGUAAAAUAAGGCAUAUACAAUUACUUGGAGUGCGUUGCAGAAGCUCCCAUUAUGUUACAACACCUAUAUUCUACGUUAAUGCAGCUCCACACAUUGGACAUCUUUACUCUGCAGUCAUAGCCGACGCACAUUGCCGUUAUCAGCGACUGCGCUAUCCGGACACUGAAGUGCGCCUCUGCACCGGCACAGAUGAGCACGGCACAAAGAUUCAACAGGCGGCAGCUGCGCACAAGGUGCCCGUGGGGCAGUACUGCGAUGAGAUUUCGUCGCGCUAUCGCGAAGUGUUCGAGGCGGCGCGUAUAGAAUACGAUGAUUUCAUACGCACCACCGAGCAGCGACACAAACUGGCUGUGUCUCACUUCUGGCACAGACUGCAAUCGCGUGGUCACAUUUAUUCGGCGGCAUACAGCGGCUGGUACUGUGUAUCUGAUGAGACUUUUCUGACCGACUCACAGCUGCGCUUAGACGAGACCAAUGAAACACGCUACUCCUUGGAGUCUGGUCAUCCCGUCGAGUGGACUGAGGAGACGAACUACAUGUUUCGGUUAUCCCAAUUUCAGGAUGAUGUGCGUCACUGGGUUAAGCAGGAAGCACGCAUCCGCCCUGCCAAAUUUGAAAAGAUUUUGCUCGACACGCUAAGCGAACCGCUGCCCGACGUGUCCGUCUCCCGUCCAGCGAAUCGUGUGCAUUGGGCCAUACCCGUGCCGAAUGACGAAACGCAAACGGUCUACGUUUGGUUAGAUGCUCUCAUUAAUUAUCUCAGCUCCCUCGGCUAUCCUAAUGAGCAGUAUCUAGCUCAAUGGCCGCCAGCGCAGCAAGUCAUUGGCAAGGACAUACUCAAGUUCCACGGCAUCUAUUGGCCCGCCUUUUUAAUGGCCGCUGGCCUGGAGCCGCCACGGCAGCUGCAUGUGCACUCGCACUGGACUGUCGAUGGUCAGAAGAUGUCCAAGAGCAAGCACAAUGUCGUAGACCCCGUAGAGGCAGCCAAACAGUAUACUAUGGAAGGCUUGCGUUACUUUCUGCUGCGCGAAGGCGUGGCACACAGCGAUGGCAAUUUCAGUCACGUGAAGGCGCUGCGCAUUUUAAACUCGGAGCUGGCAGACACUUUGGGCAAUUUGUUGUCGCGUGCCUGUGCCAAGUCGCUAAACCCACAUCAAAUGUAUCCGGAGCCGCAUGUGGAGCACUUGUCGCAGCUGCUGCAGCACUUGGAUGCUGCCAAACGGCUGCAGGAGACGCUCUUCCACCUGGCUGGGCGCUGCGAGCAGCACUACGAAGGCAAUCACUUCCACUUGGUGGCGGACACGGCCAUCGCAGCGUUGCAUGCGGCUAACAAUUUCUUUGAGUGCGCCAAGCCCUGGGAGCUGAAGGCUGGCGGCAGCUCACCCAAUGCACAACGCCUCCAGACAAUAAUCAGCAUGACAAUGGACGCGUUGCGGCUUUGCGGCAUUGUGCUACAGCCAAUGAUGCCGCAGCUGACCAGCCGCCUGCUCGAUAAGCUAAACGUGCCCAUUUCACAGCGCAGCUGGCGCCAUUUGAGCGAGAGCUUCGCCACUGCCAGUCCAGGCAACGGGCCUAAGAAUCACCAGCUGGAUGAGCAGAGCAGUGCACGUCUAUUUCAACGAAUUGUAGAGCAACCGGAUAAACCAACCGAGCAGCGAGCACAGUCUCAGACGCAAUCCAAGCGAAGUAAAUCCAAGAAAGAGCGCAAGACAUCGGCGACCAUGUCUUGAGUUAGCCUGGCACGUAGCUGUAAUAAACUGUAGCCAAGCUCGAGUAGUUCAACUCGACUCUUAACUCUCCACUGAAUAUAUUCA